AUGUUGUACCCUACAGUUGUGCUCGCUCUGGAGCUCUCCGUCGCGAUCCACUCCACCAUCUCUGCCAGCCUAUCCGCGGGUAGCGACAACGAGGACGAGGACGAGGACGAGGACGGAGACAAGUGCAAGUGCAAGUGCAAGUGCGAGGACAGGGCAGGGAGGCUGUGCAUCAGUUCCCUCGCCCCUACUUUACACAUAAUGCCCGGCCAGAUCAGUGUGUACGAAUACAGAGCGCACCUGCAGCAAGCGCACUGGGAACGACCUGACCUGAACCCCGCUUGGCAUUGA